AGCAAAACCUUCCACACAGUCUGGUUUACUUUUCAGUUUUGUAUCAUAACAUUUCAUAUAUAUUUUGUAGCUUAAUGUUGUUUUCGUUUGUGUUUAAGCCUAAUUUUUAGCUGACAAUGGAGGACACAGAAUCAUUAGUUGCCAUUGGAAAUGAGGAAGUCUCUCAUGAAAGUGAGAAUGUUACAAAUGAAAAUGAAGAAAUGACAGAUGGAGGCAAAGAAGUAUCAAAUGAAAGUGAAGAAUUAUCAAAUGAAAGUGAAGAAGUAACACGGGAAGAUGACGAAGUGAUGCAUGAGUGUGAAGAAAUAACAAAUGACAAUGAAAUGUAUAUUUCUGAUGAUCAGCCUGAAAUAGAAAAUAUUAUGAAAGAGGAACCUGUUGAAGACAUUACUAUAUCUCCUGAUAUAAUAAUUAAAGAAGAAUAUGAUGAGGAGGAUCCUUCCACUAACAAUGUGUGGGUUGCUGAAGGACUAAUGGAAGAAGAUGAGACAAAGUAUUGCAUCCCAUCAACUUCAGCUGGAUUAACAGAAUUAAGUUACAAAGAGAAGCCUGCAGAAACAGAAAAUACUCCUACUAUUAUUGAAGAUGGUGAAAGUUCAACUGCCAGUCCCAACAAGGGUGGUGAAAAUCAACAAAAGAAACUACACAAGUGUCCAUAUUGUGAUCAUACCUCUGCAUUUCCUUACAGUAUCAAAGUCCAUAUUAUAUCAAAACAUACUGAAGAAAAGCCUUUCCAGUGUCCUCACUGUGAUUACAAAGGAAAGUUUUCUGGAGCAUUAAAAAAUCACAUAAUGUGCAGUCACUCUAGCGAUAAGCCUCACAAGUGCCAGCAUUGUAGUUUUAGUGCUUUAUUUCUCAGCACAGUGAGAAAACACAUAGCUAAGAAACAUAAAGAAUUGAAAGAGCAUCAAUGUGAUUACUGCCCCUAUAAGGCAACGUCUAGGAACCUUUUGAAAAAACAUGCAUUGAAUGAACAUUCUUCAGAAAGGCCUCACAAGUGCCCACAUUGUGAUUAUAGUGCUGUACUUUCUACUGGUUUAAAAAGGCACAUACAUUAUAAACACACAGAUGAGAAACCUCUUCAAUGUCCUCAUUGUGAAUAUAAAGCAAUGUUCAGUAACGGACUUAAAAUUCACAUAAUGGCAAUGCAUACAAAGGAGAAGCCUUUUCAUUGCAAACACUGUGAUUACAGAAGUACAACAGCUAGUAAGCUUAAAUCCCAUAUGAUGUCACAACAUGAAAUAAGAGAAAAGACGCACCAAUGUCCAUAUUGUGAAAACAAAUAUGUUAUGAAAAGAAGCUUAAGAAGUCACAUAUAUGCCCAGCAUAGCACUGACAAACCUUAUAAUUGUCCACAUUGUGAUUUUAAAACAGCUUGGCCUGGAAGUAUAAAGGCACAUAUAAUGACAUACCAUACUAAAGAAAGACCCUUCAGAUGUCCUCAUUGUGAAUACGGAGCUAUAGACAACGCAACACUAAAAAAACAUAUAGCAAUUUAUCAUACAUUAGUGAAACCGCUUAAAUGUCCAUAUUGUGAUUUUAGAACCAUUAAGAAUUUUACUUUGAAAGGCCAUAUUAUGGUUCACCACACUAAAGAAAAACCAUUCCAUUGUUCGUAUUGUGAUUAUAAAGCUACAUACCAUAGCAGUUUGAAAAUCCAUGUCAAAACUCGACAUACCAUGGAGAAACUGUACUGUUGCCCACAUUGUGAUUUUUCUACCAUAAAUAAUUUUAAAUUACAAGGACAUAUUAUGGGUACACAUACUAAUGAACGACCAUUUCAAUGUUCAUCUUGUGAAUAUAACACAGUUUAUCGAAGUAGACUGAAAGAACAUAUACAAGCUCGUCAUUCCGUAACAAAGCCAUUACAGUGUCCACAUUGCGACUUUGAAACUAGGAAGAAUUAUACCUUACAAGGACACAUAAUGUCUCGGCAUACAAAUGAGAAGCCUUAUCACUGUUCCAUUUGUGAUUACAAAGCAGUUCAUCGUUGUAGACUUAAAGAACAUAUCAUGGCUGUCCACACAGAUGAAAAACCUUAUGAAUGCAAGUAUUGUGAUUAUAAAACUGUUUAUCGAGGUAGUUUAAGAUAUCAUGUCAAGGCUCAACAUUCUACUGAUAACACACCAAUGCAGUGUCCCCAUUGUGAGUUUACCACUUCAGCAAAGGUUGCUAUGCGAAAACAUAUCAAGUUUCAUGUUAGUACUGAAAAACCGUUUGAAUGUUCACACUGCGGAUUCCGGACUGUUUAUCACACCAAUUUAAAGAAACAUAUAGUUAGGCAGCACAUUAGUAUUGAUGAAAAAACUGAUUUUACUUCACAUAUGGAUGAUAAGUCCUUAAUUACCUUUGAAACGUGAAGCUGUUCUAGAUGGAACUAUGAGGGCUGAAUUGUAACUUUGUGUUCACUUUUGUUUAAUCAGGUAAAUUACUGAUUAAGCUUUUGCUUCUGUGAUCUGUGAUUAGAUCGGAUUGUGUUUCAAACAUAAUAUAGGUAUGCAUAGGUAUACAUAAAAAAAGUAUAGGUUACUUUUUACGAAUCAGAUGCAGUAAAUUACUACAAAGAAUAUUGCUUGUGUAUAGUAGGACUAUAUUUAUUUUUUAAACAUUUACACAAGAAGUAGAAAUAAAAUAAUAUCUGUAUUUUAUAUAAUUAAAAUAGUUAACUUCUUAAAAUGUAUAAAAAAUAAUUUAAACAGUCAUAGCCCAUAUGAUGUUGAUUUGCCUUUUGAAAUGCUAGUUUAAAAGUCCAUCAAACUAUUAUAUGGGUUAAAUUUGUACCAUACAGAAGACUGUUCCAAUGAAACUAUUCUUCAAAUUAGCAAUGAUGGAAUUUACUUUCCUGAGUUGAUUUAAUUGAUCUCAUAAUUUCUCUUAAUUCUUUCUACUUAACCAGAAUUUUAUUGAAAAAAUAAGUUUAUUAUAAUUAGCUAUUAUAUAUGUUUUAAAAUGUGGAUAUACUCAUGAUUUGGGUAAUCAGUUUUUAUUCUUGAUAAUUAUGAGAUUAAAAAUUGGGAAUGCUGACUGACGCUGCAGUAUUAUUAAUUAGUAAAAGAAUAAAAUGCAAUGUUUUGAAACCUAAGAUUUUCAAGAUUCAAACUCUUAGAUUCAUUAAAUUGUUGUGCUGGUAAGAUUUAAGAGAUUGUGAUGAACUUCCACUUGGUAAUAUUUUUUACAAUCAGAUUUAGAAAAAACAUCUUAUAAACUCUUAUUGUAUUCAGAAAUCAUCUGUUUUUUUUAAAAACAUAUUAAUAAAAUAGAUUGUAUGGAUAAAAUAAUAAAAUGGUGAAAGAAUUCACGGAUACUAACCGUAAUAUAAAAUGCACUUAAAUUAUUGUAAUCUCGUUGAUAAUUACUGUUUUAAUUUAUAAAAUUUAUUUACUUUUAUAUUUUUUUUAUAUAUUGUUAUUUCCAAAAUCAGAGAUUCGAAAAAUUAUGUUUUUUAAUCGUACCACUGAACUAGUUUUUAAAUGUUAAAAUUAGUUUCCACGAUAGUAAGUCAAAAACUAGAUUAUCGCACUGAUUAUAAUAAGAUUUUGUGAUCUGUUACAAUUUUAUGAUUUUGUUAAUUUUUAAAUGCAAUAUAAGUCUUAUACCUGUAUCAAGUAGUUUUAUCUCUAUUACAUUUAGUUUUCAAUUUAUUUGUUUAACAUAAUCAAACUUUAUGUAUCUAACAUGAAGGUUCCUUGAAAACUUAUAGUAAUUACAAUACAAUUGUAAUUUUUCAGUUUUCAGGUUGAAGAAAUUUUUUCAAAGGUUAAAGAAAAUAAGUAAUAAGUGAUCAGUGAUCAUAUCAUUGGUUUUCUGAAAAAAAAGGGAGAAUCCAACAAUUCACUACUUUCCAGGGAAGAAUAUUUUACAAUGCAUUUCAGCAAGUGACAUUGUUUUUGCCAUUUUAUUUAUAGAGAUCUAAAAGGAGUUUGUACAAAUAUGUAUGUCUCAUAUUCAUUAUUUUGUUUUUUUCAUAUUUCUAUCUAUUGAUACUUAAAUGGUAUGAAGAUGAUCGAUUGUGAUUAUAAUAUGAGAAGGAGUUGGUCAGGGUCAAAUUAAAUAUUAUAUAUUAUAAAUGGUGUAACCAAUAAAAUACUAAUAUAAUAUAUAGUAUUUAAUUUGACUGCAUCCCCACCCAACUUCUUAUAUUGGUACUUUAAAUCUGAAAAAGCCCAAUUCGAAAGUUUAUAUUUUGUUGAAUUUUUCCUUUUCUACAAAAUGCCAAUGAUGUAACAAAUUUUAACAAUUAUUUAUUUAUUACCAGAGUUUUUCCUUGUUUCCUUAUAUAUUAAAUAAAUAUAUAUACCGAUAAUAUAAAAAAAAGCAGUAUGUUUAUAAAUCAGAAAAUUAUAAACAAAAAGGAACUUGUGUUAAUUUUUUCUUUGUUCUAUUAUCUGCUUAUGAUGAUUUUCUUCUUCCCAUGUUUUUUUUUUGUUUCUCUUACAUUGCCACCUAGGAGUAACAACUGGGUGCUUAUGGAGUUUGUGAGAUACUCUACAUUCUUAUAUCAGGGUUGUUUGGUCCAACAGUCCUCUUAUUUAGCAAAAUACACGUUUAUACUUUGAAAAUGUCUUCUACAUUGUCAGAGCUAUAAUUUCCCCGACAAAUAACCACUGUCACAUCAUUGACAAAGCCCGUUAACUGUACUAUCCAUUCUACGAUGGAUCCUUUUGUUUCCAAUUGACUUAUGCAGAAGCAGAAGAAAGAAUAGCAACGAUAUAUUGCGUUGAGGCAAUCUUCAUUGAAGCAGUCAUUUGUUAAAAUUUCUUUUUCUGUAAUCUAUGCUCAUAAUAUACAAAAUGAUUUUCUUUAGCCGUGUCCAACCAUCCUGUACAUUACUAUUUUUACUCCAGGAGAGAGAGCAUAUUUUGUUUGUCAUUCUUCUUUUAUAAUUUAUUUUUUGUCUUCAUUUGUUUUCUUCUUCUGUUUUCUUUUGACUGGUAUAUAUAUUUGAGUAGAAGUUGUUGCGGUGAAAGGGGCCAUGAUAGGAAGUCUUUUUCGCUUCUUCUAGGAAUCUUAAUCACAAUAUUUGUCCUAGAUGUGCCAUGGUAGAAGAAAUCUCUUUUGGAAAUGCUUGAUUUAAAUGGAAUUCAGUGGUAAUUGUUAAUCGUAUUUUGAUGUUUAUACAUUUAACAUAUUUCUUGUCAAGUUAUUUCGUUAAAGGUUCACUUGAAGAUGUUCUAGCUUUAAUUAUGAGGUAUAAGUAUCAAAAUGAAUAUUCCAUUCAUCUAAAAUUACUCACUUCUUCAAUGGAAUUUUUAGGUUUCUCCCAGAAAAGUUUUAAUGAUAUAACACUUGAUUUACUUUUUGUAUUCUGCCUCCCAAAUUACUGCUGGAAAUGUUUGUUGUAAUAGAAAUUCAAGAUUCCUAAAAAAGCUAAUGUAUUAGAAUUUUUCAAAAAUUAAAUUUUCAAGUAUAGAAGUUUAACAGUAUUUAUUGUAUUUUUUCGUGUUACCUUUAUUUCAUUCCUAUCUAGUAGGAAAGAAAAAUAAAAUUAUUAUCUGAAUGUUUACUUAGAUCAUUCAUUUAUUUAUUUACCUACCAAUCAUAGAUGACUGAUCAACGAUAAUUUUAUGUAAUAAACAUUUAUAUGUACAAAUUUUGUACAUUGCCAUUAUGAUGGUUGAUUUUUUAGCCUAUUGUAUAUUAGUCUUUAUAUUGAUCAAAAAUAUUGUUAUCUAUUUAUUCAGUGAACGAUUUAGAAUAAGUUUACUUUUAAAAAAGUGUUUUUAUGAGAUAUUUAAUUAUCUUAAACUAUGAAUAUUUUAUUUUAUUAAAGUUUUAUUUGAAAGUAUUGAACAUUUUCAGUGAUCAGCUAUGAAUGGCUGCUUACCGACCUCUAUAUCCCAAUGUUUUUAUAAAUUAUAUCUAAAACAGUUUAUGUAUAUUUUUAAAGUUGAAAAAUUAAUGAAAUUUAAGUUUACUUUCCACCUCAUACACCUUUUUAACUUUUUU